CCGCUUCUCUUCCGGUUCACCUGCUUGAGAGCUAGCUUAGGCAGUCACUAGUGUUGCGGUGGUCAGCUGAGGAGCGAAAGACGUCAACAGCACUAAACAAUCUUAAGGAUAUCUACAGAACUUCUGCUUAUCUUCUGGCUUGAGUUUGCCGUUGGAGAUCUCCGCCAUCAUGGGGGACCUCUUUAGAAGUGAAGAGAUGACCCUGGCGCAGCUCUUCCUCCAGUCAGAGGCUGCCUACUGCUGUGUUAGUGAACUCGGAGAGAUUGGGAUGGUGCAAUUUCGGGAUCUCAACCCAGAUGUCAAUGUGUUCCAACGCAAGUUUGUCAACGAAGUGCGACGUUGUGAGGAAAUGGAUCGCAAGCUGAGAUUUGUGGAAAAGGAGAUAAAGAGGGCCCACAUCGGCGUCAUCGACACAGGGGAGAAUCCGGAGGUGCCCUUCCCGAGGGACAUGAUAGACCUGGAGGCCACGUUUGAGAAACUAGAGAACGAGUUGAAGGAGAUCAACACUAACCAGGAAGCACUGAAGAAGAACUUCCUGGAACUGACGGAGCUCAAGCACAUCCUGCGACGCACUCAGCAGUUUUUCGAUGAGGGUUUCCAUCUGCAGAUGGAGGACCCCAGUCUACUGGAGGAGUCGAACAUACCCCUGGAGCCCACUGAGGCUAACCGCGGAGUACCUCUCAGACUAGGGUUUGUCGCCGGAGUCAUCGGAAGGGAGCGCAUUCCUACAUUUGAGCGGAUGCUGUGGCGAGUUUGCCGUGGCAACGUGUUCCUGAAGCAGGCCGACAUCGAAGAUCCACUGGAAGACCCUGCUUCGGGUGACCAGGUGUACAAGUCGGUGUUCAUCAUCUUCUUCCAGGGUGACCAGCUGAAGAAUCGCGUCAGGAAGAUAUGCGAGGGGUUCCGGGCUUCCUUAUACCCAUGUCCCGAGACGCCACAGGAGAGAAAGGAGAUGGCGGCAGGAGUGAACGCUCGCAUUGACGACCUCCAGAUGGUGCUGAACCAGACGGAGGACCACCGGCAGCGGGUGCUGCAGGCGGCCGCCAAGUCGGUCCGCGUGUGGUUCAUCAAGGUGCGGAAGAUGAAGGCCAUCUACCACACGCUCAACCUGUGCAACAUCGACGUCACCCAGAAGUGUCUGAUCGCCGAGGUGUGGUGCCCCAUCUCAGACCUGGACUCCAUCCAGUUCGCCCUGCGGAGGGGAACGGAGAAGAGCGGCUCCACCGUCCCCUCCAUCCUCAACAGGAUGCAGACCAAGCAGACCCCUCCCACCUACAACAAGACCAACAAGUUCACCUCGGGCUUCCAGAACAUCGUGGACGCCUACGGGGUCGGCAACUACCGCGAGAUGAACCCAGCGCCCUACACCAUCAUCACCUUCCCCUUCCUCUUCGCCGUCAUGUUCGGGGACAUGGGCCACGGGGCGCUCAUGACCUGCGCCGCCCUCUACCUGGUGUUGAGGGAGAGCCGGCUGGCCGCCCAGAAGAACGACAACGAGAUGUUCUGCAUGGUGUUUGCGGGCCGCUACAUCAUCCUCUUGAUGGGCCUGUUCUCCAUCUAUACGGGCAUCAUCUACAACGACUGCUUCUCCAAGUCCCUCAACGUCUUCGGCUCGGGCUGGAGCGUCAGGCCCAUGUUCGACGCCCGAGUAGGCGGCAACUGGACGUUUGAAGUGCUCGAGGAAAAUAAGCUUCUGCAGCUGGACCCGGUUGUGGAGGGGGUGUUUAAGGGACCCUACCCCUUAGGAAUUGACCCAAUCUGGAACAUCGCCGCCAACAAGCUGACCUUCCUGAACUCCUUCAAGAUGAAGAUGUCUGUGAUCCUGGGAGUCAUCCACAUGCUGUUCGGAAUCAUUCUCAGCCUCUUCAACCACCUGUACUUCAAUAAGCCCCUGAACAUCUACUUUGGCUUCAUCCCGGAGAUCGUCUUCAUGGUCAGCCUGUUUGGCUACCUGGUGCUGCUCGUGUUCUACAAGUGGCUGGCUUAUGACGCAAGCAACUCCCGUACCGCGCCCAGCAUCCUCAUCGCCUUCAUCAACAUGUUCCUGUUCAGCUACAGCGACGGCAGCGCCCAGCUGUACACCGGCCAGCAGGCGCUCCAGUCGUUCCUGGUGGUCAUCGCGCUGAUGUGCGUCCCCUGCAUGCUGGUGGUGAAGCCCCUGAUCCUGCGGAGGCAGUACCUGUGGAGGAAAAACCUGGGAACCCAGAACUUCGGGGGGAUCCGGGUGGGCAACGGGCCCACGGAGGACGAGGCCGGGAUCAUCGAGCACGACCAGCUGGCCCUGAACACGGAGGAGGAGCCCGAGGCUCGUGUGGAGGAAGAGUUUAACUUUGGGGACGUGGCAGUGAUCCAGGCCAUCCACACCAUAGAGUAUUGCCUGGGCUGCAUCUCCAACACGGCCUCCUACCUGCGCCUGUGGGCUCUGAGUCUGGCACACGCACAGCUGUCGGAGGUCCUUUGGACCAUGGUGCUGAAGUUCGGCCUCAGCUCCGCCAGCUUCGGUGGCGCCCCCCUGCUCUUCAUCCUCUUCGCGGCCUUCGCCGUGCUGACCGUGUGCAUCUUGCUCGUCAUGGAGGGCCUCUCCGCCUUCCUCCACGCACUACGACUGCACUGGGUGGAGUUCCAGAACAAGUUCUACACGGGACAAGGGUUCAAGUUCCUCCCGUUCGUGUUCGAGGGCAUACUGGACGGAAAGUACGAGGACUGAUCGGAUGUGCCUUCCGAUUAUUAUUGUUGUUAUUAUAUUGUUAUAAAAAAGUGUUGGUGUGUAGUUGAUUCAAGUGUGACAAUGUAUUCUUCCACACCUUAAUUAGAGGCUCUAGGGUUGUAUGUAUAUCUUUAUACAAUACACACGCAUCAAGGAAGUAGGAGAGAUCGUUUUUACAGCAAGCGAGACCCAACGUUGAUUGCUUCUUACAAAAGAUUACUUUGAUAUUGUGCCCCCUGGAGGCAAAUACCUUAAUACUUUAUCCAACGUCUAUCCAAGCAUUCUCGUCGUCUGUACAUAGCUAUGGAGUCCUAUCAAGUAUCUUUAGUCUGUCAACUGUCUAGACUCUCUAGCCGUGCUGUUGCUGUUGUCAUCCUUUAGUUUUAUUUAGAUGGUUUUCUCAUCUUACAUUAUUUAUAUGAUCUGUUUUUCCAACUGAAAAACCUCUUCACCGCCUUCGUACACAUUAUGAGACUUAUGUAUGUCCAACCCUACUUUACUGUACACAAGAGUUGACAUUUUCUCUCUCUGGGGAUUGGUCAGUUUCAAUGUGUCUGUUUAAUCACACAACAAAUCCCAUCUCUCGCGUGUAAAAAAAGGUUAAAAGGGAAAUCUCACUGAGGAAGAUCCAUGAGCGUUGACUGCUAUGUUCAAACAAUGAAUGUUUGUAAUGUGGCUUCAAAAGAAAAGUGUGUCAUGCGUUUAUCAUCCGUGUGUAAAGGCCUACAUGUGUUCAAGGUUUGCUGUUCCAUCUUUGUCAAUAAAUUGAAUGGAUCAGUUUAACAGCUGAAUUGUUAUUUUUUCCCUUAAGUUGCUGCCUCAAGAAUUGUACAUCGUAGGUGUGUAUUGGUAAUCAUGGAAACAUUUAGGAAGAACACGAUUUGGCGCCCCCUUCUGGUUAAAGAGGGGUUAGAACCUUAGUAAAUCCCUGUGAGUUGUCCUCCAGAUGGAGCUGUUUAUUAGGUUUGUUUAACUUAACAUUCAGCCUUUCAAUUGGAUCGUUUAGUGAGGGACUGUUAACAACUAACAUAACAUGACAAUAAAAUAAAUUCUUGAUUCUUGAAGACA